AUGUUCGACCUCAUCAACGUGUGCGUUGAGGGACCAAAUGUUGAGAAGAGCAAGGUUGAACUCGGUGGAGUGGUCGACGUCUUCUCGCAGGGCACGAAGGUACCGUUGCAUGCGCAGCAGAUAUGGCUUCCGGACAUCGACGGCACAGCUCGUGAAGUUGCAACCAAGUUCUCGGCCUUUGAAAUCGUCGUUGGCAGCGCCCGGACCGCCUCAGCCUCUCCCCUGGAAGAUAUGACUACGCCACCAGCGUCAGCACGUCUGCUCGGUACACAGCUGGCGCACCACGGAUCGCUCGGCAGUGUGUACGGCGGCAGCGUCAGAAUGCCACCUAAAAAUCCGCUUCAAUUCUUUAUGCAGCUCAUCAAGCUUCCGAGGCUCUCCGGUCGGCUGCGGCUACCCUUCUUCCGCAAGGACCCGACGAAGCCGCUUCAGAAUGGCCAGAACAUGGAGACGGACCUGACCAACUUCCUCCAGAACGGCGCGCAACCGGGAAUGCCGACGUUGCACAAGCUCCUCUUGAAGCAGUACGCCACGCCGCCGAUGCAGGGCGGCGCCAGCGCUCCCCAGGCGAGCCACCUUUACCCGUCCUCCAUGGCACCUUUCGGCAUGCCCAGGCUUCCGGCACCCACUUCGAUGAGACCCAUGGGUCACCCGCCACCGCCACAAUUUCCGAUGUAUCUGAUGCCCAAUCACAUGGCCGGCUUCCACCCAAUGAGACCACCGUACUACCCACGACCGGGUAUGAUGCCCGGCAUGCCGCUGCCAUCGUCGCCUUACGCCGUACUCCCACCUCCUCCGAGCCCGCGGCCACCUCCGCCACCGCCUCCCAAGGCCAACAAGAGGCCCGGGCCGGGGCCCAACGUGCUGUUCGCGGAGAAGCAGCCGCAGGGCAGCGACGGAAACUACGAGUCCGGUGAGAUUGAAGACGAGACGCCCAUUAUCAUACGCGGCCGCAAGCACCACGGCAAACGGCGGCGUCCCAUCGUCAUCGAGGAAGACGUGUCCAGCGAGGAAGACGACUCGACUAGGCCCAUAGUGGUGCGCGGCCGCAAGCCAUACCGCUUCCGCGGCCGGAGGCCACCACUCGGCGAUGACAACGACGAGCAGGACGAAUCGGCCUACCCAAGUCGCAAGAGGCCCGUAACUUACAUCGAGGACAUGCCCGAGUCGCGGCCUUACGGUAUGCGGGGCGGCGGUGGCGGCUUCGAGGAUGAGGUGCCCAAGCCGUCCGGUAGCUUCAUGCACGACAUCAAUACGGGACCGAGAAACGUUCUGCGGUACAGCACCAACGCGGGACGCUUUUUUCACCCGGACAGCAGCCGCUUCGACACACUAAUGACAUCAGAACAAAGGAACAAUCCGAGGACCACGAGUUCGCCGGGGUUUUACACGGGUUCACCCGGCAGCGUGAUACACGACUUCAGUCUGAUGCCCCAGAGGCACCACGACUUCUCGGGGCUCCUCGACGAGUCUAAGAUGGUCCUCUCACCGCACAUCGACGCCAUCACGCCACUCAGGGACCGUCACGAGGCCUCGAGUUUCUUCCCAAAUAAGCUCGAGUCUUCGCCACAGCCGUCGUCUAACAAGGACAUGCAACCCAUAGUCUUCCACCUGCCCAACAAGGCGCCCCAAAAUCGCGAAAAGUACGUGCAAGCGCUCAUCGUUCCAAUCCAAUCAAACAUUGAUCAAGUAGCUGAAGAGACCCUCGACAAGGCAACCAGCAAUCGCGUCCUUAUAAGCCCCAGAGGACAGUCGUACGUGAUAUUGCCACCAAGAACUGAUGGUCUACAGGAGAAGCAGCAGAAGGAAGCGGGUCCUCUCACCGAUUCUUUCGAGCAGGAAGGGCCCGGCAGACAUGGAGGACAUGUCGCUGCCCAAUCCUUUAUGCCAGUUACGUACAUGAGGCCACCCAAUGGCUUGGAUUCUCCUGAUAACAGAAUUCAGCCCACUUACCACCCCGUCGACGCGUCACAAAGCUACGCACAGCCAACUGCUAUUCGCAUUCUCGUCAGGAAUCCCAUGGACGGCACGAGCAAGGAAGUCUUCUCCAGCACAAUAAACACCGGAGGUCCGUACCAGCAAUUCGGAGGGGAGCCGCAGUACAACCCCGGUACGUACAACUAUGGUCCCGGUAAUGACCAGAACAAGAGCAAGCUGGUCAUCAUCGCCCUUCCUAGGAACCAGCCGAACAGAGCUUCUCCGAAUUCGCGUUCUAGCCCGGCGACGAACACCUACUACCAGCCGACGGCGCUUAACAAACGGCUGCCACCUACUUCGGCCGAAACGUCGACACCGGUGCCUAUAGUGUACAACGAUCACCGACCGACCUCCCAAUACCUGGCGCCGAAGGUUCCUUACGAAGUUGUCACUCAGCAAAGCUCCGCGUCGUUCGGUUUGCCGAACAGCAAGCCGAAGAUUGGAAACUUGGGAAAGACGGGUUUCAGUGCGACGUCUCCAUUCUACGAACCGGACAGAUCGCGGCAGCAAUCGCGCCACAAAACGAAACCGUCCUCGUCGUCUUCUAACCACGCCAGGAGGACGCCGUCUACCUACACUUACUACCGGCAACAGAUAACACCGGCGCCAUCCUCGUCAUCGGUUGCCGGAGCUGCGGCACAGAGACGCACCACUCACGUCUCCCAGUAUGCCAGGCGGAAGUACUCCUCUGCGUCGGACGGUCUGCUGAGCGAGCUGCCGUACGACCCGGGCUACCCUACUCCCUUGGUGGGCAACUCGGCGCAGGAGUACCCGGCACUGACGAAGAUCCCCGAGACGUCUUUCAGUUGCCACGACAAGGUGCCCGGAUACUACGCCAGCACCGAGCACAGAUGUCAGGUGUACCACCACUGCACGACCGCCGGUUCCCUGCAGACGCUCCUGUGUCCCAACGGCACCGCUUUCAGCCAGCAGUCGCUGAUGUGCGAAUGGUGGCACGAUGUGUCCUGCCCGCCACAGCGGACCAAGACAACGCAGCAGACCGUCAAGGACUCCUCAUUGCAGAGCCUGACGGACGACGUCGGCUACCCCGUGUACAGGUGGCCCAGCGAAACGCAGCAGCCGCAGCAUCAACCAUUGUCGCCUCCGGCGAGCGCGGCCCACCAGCCGCUCUCCACGACGCGGGCUCCUCCACCACCCAGCUACAGCAGUUCCGUCAGCUUCAGCAUCGCCGCCGGCACAAAGGCCCACACGCUGCCGCCUUUCACCGGCAGCGGAGGAGGACAGUCUACAGAGUACACGUUGGGCCUCGGCAGAAGCAAGCCGCAGAACUUUACUGUGACCUUCCAAGCAGGAGGCCAGAAAGUCGUGCGGGCGCGAAAGCUGGUGAAGAUCCGAGGGUCCACUGUGGCCGGAGGACAGACGCGACAACGGAGCAAAGAAUCGUCCACGACGCAGUCGCCUGACGCCAAAUCUAGCGCGGAGUGAGCACCCAGCGAACAGCAACGUCGCCCCAGCUAAGCGAACCAAGGCAGAGGAAAAACGCGGCCACUAGAAAACAGCGCACAGAAAGCCCCGCAAAGACGGGACGAAGCGGCUAGACCUCCGACAUGCCAACUCGGCAAGAGUCCCGCGCAUAUGCUAUGGUUGGCGUAAUGUCGCUCCCCGUGUAUGGACUCCAAUGUGCAGAGCAAAGCGGGCUGACUCUCUACAGAUGGGUCAAGCAAUAUGCAACAGAGGUCGAAGUACCGUAUUUUCCGGUCCACAUUUCGCACCCACCACGUAGUUCUCACAAGAUUUUCGGUUGAACCGUUCGUUGUGCGUGCCGAGGAUACCUAACUGGGAGAUGAAGUGUUGUUAAACGAUGUGUAAUGCCAUUAAGUGAUUGGAAUACUCUGAACUCGCUUCCUUAGAGCUUGCCUCAAACAAAAAAAAUUAUCCUCAAGUGAUAGGAUAGUACUGAAAGCUGCACAAGGCAUGGUUACUCUUAGGGAACUUUGGUGUACAGGACCGCACUUACGGCACACUAGCGACGCGAGUGAAAAUCUUCAAAUACACAGUGCGAGAAAUGUAGACCGGAGAUAAGGGUACGUUGAAAAGCGGCACGGGCUACAUACAAAGAAUAGAGGAGGGAUGGGACAUACGCAAAGUUGGCGAGUGGGUGGGGAGAGAUGGGGGUGGUUGUGGGGGCGCAAGACUGAAAGGGAUCCGUGUGUGCACACUCACUUAACCCGGUGCUUGUGUGGCUGGCCAAGGCCGCUACGAGAUGACAAGGUCAAGCAAGUAAGCCCGGCCGCCAAGCCGACUCCGUGAGCAUUAACACUGCCAGAUUGACACAUCUGCAGUCCGUCUACUGCUGGGCAGGAUUCAGGAUCGUAGACAAUCUUUACAUUUUCCUGUUUUUUUUUUUACUCUGUACAUAACAGCACUUUUCUGACCUCAUUUUUUUACUUGAGUGAGAGAUGUUCUUAUUUUUUAGCGUUUUUGUUUAAUAAAGAUGUAUUUAAUUAUGUA